GGCGGUGCCACGCAUGCGCGGAGAGGAGCGGAGGGGCUGGGGCAGGGAGUUGGUUUGAGUGACUGGAGGCAAGAUGCAGGACCCCAAUGCAGACACCGAGUGGAAUGACAUCCUACGUAAAAAGGGCAUCCUUCCCCCUAAGGAGAGCCUGAAGGAGCUGGAGGAGGAGGAGGUGAAGAAGGAGGAGCAGCUCCUCCAGCAGUCAGUGGUGAAAACAUACGAGGACAUGACUCUGGAAGAGCUGGAGGAGAACGAGGAUGAGUUCAGUGAGGAGGACGAACGAGCUAUCGAGAUGUACCGGCAGCAAAGGUUGGCUGAGUGGAAAGCAACUCAGCUGAAAAACAAAUUUGGAGAAGUUCUAGAGAUCUCAGGAAAGGACUAUGUUCAAGAAGUUACGAAAGCCGGCGAGGGCCUGUGGGUGGUCUUACACCUAUACAAACAAGGGAUUCCCCUCUGUUCCUUGAUAAACCAUCACUUGAGUGGACUCGCCAGGAAGUUUCCUGAUGUGAAAUUUAUCAAAGCCAUUUCAACGACCUGCAUACCCAAUUACCCUGACAGGAAUCUCCCCACGGUGUUCGUCUACCGGGAAGGGGAUAUCAAGGCACAGUUUAUCGGUCCUCUGGUGUUUGGUGGCAUGAACCUGACCAUAGACGAGUUGGAGUGGAAACUGUCUGAGUCGGGAGCAAUCAAGACAAACCUGGAGGAGAACCCUAAGAAGCCCAUCCAGGACCUGCUGUUGUCCUCAGUGCGGGGCCCUGUCCCCAUGAGGAGGGACAGUGAUUCCGAGGGCGACUAAGAUAGCAUUGAUGUAACCUUUUGAACUUUCUUGAUGUGAUGCAUUGUCUGGAUUUUUUAUAAGGAGGGAAAAGCAAAAAUUCAUCAUUUUGGUUUUUAACCUUUUUAUAAUUAUUUAAAUUUUAUACAUUUCGGAUAUAAUCAUUGCUGAAAUUUUUUAAAAAUUUGUUGGAGCUCUUUAAAUUAAUAAUGUUUCUUUAAGAGAAAUUUUAACAAGCUAUUAUGUCACAUAUCUCUGUUUUCCUAUGUGUGUUUCAGCAAACCGUGAAACUGUUCAGUAUUUUUUGACAUGCAACUCUAUAGAAAGGAAUGUGGACUUUAAAAAUACAGUGCACAUAAAUUAAGUUAAAACUAUAUA